AUGUCCACCCCUCCGUUGGCGGCGCCGGGCAUGGCGCCCGGGCCCUUCGCCGAGCCCCAGGCGCAGCAGGCCGCCCGGGAGGUCAACACAGCAUCGCUGUGCCGCAUCGGCCAGGAGAUGGUGCAGGACAUCAUGUACCGCACCAUGGAGAUCUUCCAGCUGCUGAGGAACAUGCAGCUGCCAAAUGGUGUCACUUACCAUACUGGAACAUAUCAAGACCAGUUAGCCAAGCUACAGGAUCAUCUUCGCCAACUUUCUAUUCUCUUCAGGAAGCUGAGAUUGGUGUAUGAUAAAUGUAACGAAAACUGUGGUGGGAUGGAUCCCAUUCCAGUAGAGCAACUUAUUCCAUAUGUGGAAGAAGAUGGCUCAAAGAAUGAUGACCGGGGUGGCCCAUCUCGUUUUGCAAGUGAAGAAAGGCGAGAAAUUGCUGAAGUAAAUAAGAAACUCAAACAGAAGAAUCAACAGCUGAAGCAAAUUAUGGAUCGAUUACGAAAUCUCAUCUGGGAUAUAAAUGCCAUGUUGGCAAUGAGGAACUAAACUGAUAUAUAAAUUGCGUGCUUUCCACAUGUUACACCAAUUUCUCCCUCAAGUACUUUUUUCUCUUUGCAAAAGAUUAUCUGUUUUUGUUCUAGUCAUUGGAAUUAA